AUGACCCUUCGAGACGACUUUACCCAAGCAGACGAAACGGUCACUCAGUCGGACGCUGAGUCAGAUAUGCCUGAUGAGCUGGGUCCAAAUGCGCCGGCCUAUCUUCGGUCAUUGUUUGAUAACAAUCUGAUCAGCUCAGAGGGUCGCGGCGUUGACACUUUAAAGUUGACUGCUACUACCGGACCACUGAUCCGCAAAGCAAGGGAAGAGCUCCAGCGACUAAUACCGCCCAAGGGAGAUGUAGUCGUGAUUGCGAGAUUCGCGGACGCUUGGCUUACCACAUAUCAUUCGCUUUUCCCGUCACGGGCAGUCACACAGGGAAGCGCUGAGCUCAUAGAUCGGCAUGAUGAGAUGAUGAGACAUGAUGUAGAGCCUACAACGUUAGCCAUAUGGCUCAUAUCCAUUGCCAUCACAGUUCAACAGGUGUCGCGAGACGUAGAAGACCAACUCUCUGGUAUCAAGAAUCCCACCCAGUAUUGCAAGACGGUUUCUGAAGCUGUGUCCCACACCAUACUGAGGCACGAUUCCAUUUUGGGCACAAUUGAAGGAAUCGAAACUGGUCUACAUUUCCUGAGAUUGCAUGCCGGUCGGGGAAACUUCAUCAACAUGUGGUUAACACUACGACGCAUAAUAGCGAUCUCGGAAGUAAUUGGUCUGCCACAUGCCGCUCGGUCACUUGAACGAGCAAAAGCUGCCCCCUAUUCCACCAAUGUAAGACCAAGCCUGUCCAAGCCUGAAGAGACGCGACUUCUCGAAAAGGCCGAGACAUGGGCAGGUAUCUGCAUGAUAGAUCGCAUCGCUGGCAUGCUGUUCAAUCUACCUGCAGGAACUAAGAGGUACCAAUCAGCCAAGCUGGCUGUGUUGGACUCCAAUGGCCAGGUUGUCACAAAGGCAUACCUUAGCAGCUUGACGGAAAUUGCCAAACAGGUGUACGAUCUUGACGACGGCUCCGUAACAGGACUUUCGGACGCUGAGCUGUACGCCGAAGCCUUGAGAAUUGACCAGGAGCUGAUUUCGCUUGCGAGUCUUCCGCCGCAAUCUUGGUGGAAUACCUACACUCCAAGGGCUCGAGCCGAUCAACUAUUACAGUACUGGCAUGCGUAUAUUACUAUCAGAGUCCAUCUCAAACUCACGCUUCAAAGCGAUGCCAGUCAAAACUUCGACUACAGUCGCUAUUCCUGCAUGAAUGCAUGUUCUACUGCCAUUCGCCGAUAUUUGGAUCUUCGACGUGGUCUUCCUGAAGGAUUCUUUGUGGGGCGCAUUGUGGACCUUCAAGCACUUACAGCUGGAGUCGUUCUCGUUCUGGCAUAUCACAACUCGAGGUCCGCUCGGCAUGUCCAAUUCCAAGCUCAGACCAUCGAGUCUCCAGAUCUCUUGAUUGCACAACUAGUUGAUCUAAUGGAUUCCAUAUCAUGUCUGAAAGCCGCCGACUUCGCCAAGCAGGCUGUAAUCACCCUCCGCUCUCUUAGCGCGCUCCUCGACGAGAAUAGUGCAUCGAAAGAACAGGACCUGACCUUGACAGUCCCAUUGCUUGGCAAAAUCUUUGUCCGCAAGAACAGGAAUCCAGUCGCAGCCCCCAUUUCUCAGAGCGAUGGCACCAUUCCGCAGUUAUCGCAAGCAACAAAUGCUAAUCAAAACGUCGCACCAGCCUUUACUCCCGCCACUUCAGAUUUGUCAGGCCAAACCCUACCGGUAGCAAACUCAUGGCCAUGGGAUCCGUUGUCUUUAUUUAUCGAGGAUAAUGACCGCGAGGCACUAUUUCAUCAGGCACUUAUGACGGAAGAUUUCGGACAAAUGGAUGCCUCAGUGGGUUUCACUGCCUUUGAUUUCACUACCUAA